AUGAUCAGCUCCGUCUGCUGGGUCCCUCGGGGUCGCAGCUCGCAGUCUCCUCGUAGCUGCAUUUUAGAGGAGCAGGAUAUGGCGGAGUUGCUGCAGCAGCAGCAGCAGCAGCAAAGCAGCAGCAGCAGCAGCAGCAGCAAGAAGGAGCAGCGCAAGAAGCAGCAGCAGCUGCUGCGGCAGCAAGCUGCAGCAGAAGAUGGAGAGAGCGAUGAAGCUAAUUCCGAUCACAGCAUGGAGGAAGAUGAAGACGAAGACGAAGACGAGGGUUUGCUGAACGGGGUAUUUGGGGUUUUAUCGUCUGACGGCCCAGCAGCACUGACAGACAAACAAGCAAGACUUUCAGCAGCAGACGAAGCAGAAGAUGAAGCAGCUAAUAAAAUACUAGCAACAGACUUAGUUCUUGUUGCUGCUGCAGCAGAGGCCGACUUCAGCACACUUGAGGUUGCGGGGGUUUUCCUCUUUGUUUAG